AUGGGUACGAAGCAGGAAUUGGAUCAUGUCGCGGCUAUGGAGCAUCAGGAGAAGAGCGGCUCAGAUAUCGAGGAGCCGUCGUUAGCUCCUAACCUCAAGAAGAGGGAUGGCGUCAUUCUAAUGCCCCAACCCUCGGAUGACCCUCAUGAUCCUUUGAACUGGUCUUCUUUCCGUAAACACAUGGCAAUGGCCACGAUCUCCUACCUGGCACUCACAUGUUACAUGACUGUGACUACUCUCGUGCCUGGCACCGUGGAGCUUGGAAAGGAAUUCAACGUGCCCAAGGAGACAGCGGUGUACCUAGGAAGCACACCUGUCGCCUUGUAUGGUGUUGGCCCAUUCUUGUGGAGCCCAUUGAGUCAUUCCAUCGGUCGCCGACCUGUUCUCUUACUCUGCAACAUCAUCGCAAUCGUUGGCACCAUCAUCGUGGCAACUUCGCAUUCAUAUGGUGCUUGUAUGGCUGGACGUAUCAUCCUUGGCCUGGGUGGUUCAGCUUUCUGGAGUCUCGGACCAGCUAGUAUUGGAGACAUGUUUUUCCGACAUGAAAAGGGAAAGAAAAUUGGCAUUUCCACACUGGCUAUCGUUGUCAGUCCUUUUGCCGGAGGUAUUAUUGGCGGUGCCAUUAUCGACAGCCCCAAGUUGGGCUGGAGAUGGUCUCAGUGGAUUCCACUGAUUCUGAUGGCAAUUGGGUUCGCAAUGCAGGUAGUUUUCCUUCCCGAGACCGUCUACGUACGAGAGAUCGGGUCCCCCGGAGGCGUGCCCCAACCAGUGACUCCCACAAAGCCAACACGCUGGGGACGGUACGGUAUCCAUAUACCAAAGCGGCCAGCAGACAAGAGAGACGGCUUUUGGUUUAUUGCCUCGCGUCCGUUCGUCAUGUUCAAGUUCCCUGUGGUUGUUCUCACGUCAUUUUGGUUUGGCCUUGCCUACUGGUGCCAUGUGGGCAUUACUGCUGAACUACCUUUGAUUUUCGAGCCAGAGCCAUUCAACUUCUCUGUCACAGAUGUGGGACUUGCUGCAUUCUCUGGCCUGAUUGGAGCGUUGAUCGGUGAGGCUUAUGCUGGCCCUGCCAUUGACUACAUUGCCAAGCGUUGCUUGAAGCAGGGCAAGGAAUGGCGGCCGGAGAUGAGAUUGAAGGCUAUCUGGCCAGCUUUAGUAGCCACGCCAAUUGGCCUCAUCAUGUUUGGUGUGUCAAUCCAGUUUGGAAAUGCAUGGAUUACACCUCUAGUUGGUCAGGGCAUUUACAUCUUUGGGAUUGAGAUUGCGACGACUGUUUGGUACAUAUUUGAGUUCCUUUCGUUCGUGUAA